CGCGGCCGAGCUGUAUGCUGGCGCUUCAUUUCCUAGCCCUCGCCCUCGCCCUCUGGGGCGCCCCUGGGGCCGGCGCCCUGGACAAUGGCUUGUCGCUCACCCCUACCAUGGGCUGGCUGCACUGGGAGCGCUUCUUGUGUAAUGUGGACUGCAAGGAAGAGCCGGAUUCCUGCGUCAGUGAGCAGCUCUUCAUGCAGAUGGCCGAUCUCAUGGUAUCAGAUGGCUGGAAGGAUGCAGGCUACCAGUACCUGUGCAUCGAUGACUGUUGGAUGGCUCACACACGAGAUGUGAAAGGCAAUCUUCAGGCAGACCCUCAGCGCUUCCCUGGUGGGAUUCGCCGCCUAGCCAAUUAUGUCCACAGCAAAGGACUGAAGCUAGGUAUCUAUGCAGAUGUAGGAAGAAAAACUUGUGAAGGCUACCCUGGGAGUUUGGGACACUAUGACGCUGAUGCCAAGACCUUUGCUGACUGGGAAGUAGAUCUGCUAAAAUUUGAUGGGUGCUACUGUGACAGUUUGAAACAUUUGGCAGAUGGUUAUAAGCAAAUGUCUUUGGCCCUGAACAGGACUGGCAGAAGCAUUGUGUAUUCCUGUGAAUGGCCCCUUUAUAUGUGGCCCUUUCAUCAGCCGAAUUACACAGAAAUCCGCCAGUACUGCAAUCAUUGGAGAAAUUUUGGUGAUAUCUCUGAUUCCUGGCAAAGCGUAAAGAAUAUUUUGGACUGGUCAGCUUCAUACCAGGACACUAUUGUUGAUGUCGCUGGACCAGGGGGUUGGAAUGACCCAGAUAUGCUGGUGAUUGGCAACUUUGGCCUCAGCUGGGAUCAGCAGGUAACUCAGAUGGCCCUUUGGGCGAUCAUGGCAGCUCCCUUACUCAUGUCUAAUGACCUCCGGCACAUCAGCCCUCAAGCCAAAGCUCUACUGCAGGAUAAGGAUGUCAUUGCCAUCAACCAGGACCCCUUGGGCAAGCAGGGGUACCGGCUCAGAAAGCAAGGUGACAUAGAAGUAUGGGAGCGACCUCUUGCAAGCCUCUCCUGGGCCGUGGCUAUAAGAAAUCUGAAGGAGCUAGGCGGACCUUCCUCUUACACCGUGUCACUUGCUUCCCUGGGUCGAGCAGUGGCUUGCAACCCUGCCUGUGUCAUCACUCAGCUCCUCCCUGUGAAAGAAGAGCUUGGGUUCUUUGAAUGGGUUUCGGUCUUAAAAACUCGCAUCAAUCCUACAGGCACUGUUUUGCUCCAGCUAAAGAAGCCAACAGUGAGCUAGACUGCAAUAUCAAACUACCUGAAAGAAAGUAUAUAGGAUGUGUAUGUUUGUGUUGAAAUCGCUUCCUUAUCACCUUGCCUUCCUCCAUAUCCAGCCAUUGAAUAAAAUCUUCCUGUUGUACUUAAAACAAAA